AUGCCAAAAAAGGGCAGUGAAACAGACAUUGAUGAAGGUCUUUACUCUAGACAGUUAUAUGUCCUCGGCCAUGAGGCUAUGAAGCAUCUCCAGGCAUCCAGUGUGCUGGUAUCAGGACUUUGGGGCCUAGGGGUGGAGAUUGCCAAGAAUGUCAUCCUUGAUGGUGUCAAAGCUGUCACCCUGCAUGAUGAGGGCACUGCUCAGUGGGCUGACCUCUCGUCCCAGUUCUACCUGCGAGAGGAGGACAUUGGUAAGAGCCGUGCUGAGGCAUCACAGCCCCACCUUGCUGAACUCAACCACUAUGUGCCAGUCAGCACAUACACUGGUGCCCUUGUUGAAGACUUUCUUAGUGGUUUCCAGGUGGUGGUCCUUACCAACUCUCCUUUGGAGGACCAGCUGAAGGUGGGUGAGUUCUGUCACAGGCAUGGAAUCAAGCUGGUGGUAGCAGACACUCGAGGUCUGUUUGGGCAAUUGUUCUGUGACUUUGGAGAGGAAAUGAUCCUCACAGAUUCCAAUGGGGAACAGCCUCUCACUGCUAUGGUUUCUAUGGUUACCAAGGGCAACCCUGGUAUUGUCACUUGCCUGGAUGAAUCCCGACACGGAUUUGAGAGUGGUGACUUCGUCUCCUUUACAGAAGUUCAGGGCAUGAAUGAACUCAAUGGCAUCUGUCCACUAGAGAUCAAAGUCCUGGGUCCUUACACCUUUAGUAUCUGUGAUAGCUCAAAUUUCUCUGAGUAUAUCCGUGGAGGCAUUGUCAGUCAGGUCAAAAUAGCUAAGAAGAUCAGCUUUAAAUCCUUGCUCAACUCACUGGCAGGGCCAGACUUUGUGAUAACAGAUUUUGCCAAGUAUUCUCGCUCUGCUCAACUGCACAUUGGUUUCCAGGCCUUGCACCAGUUCUGUGCUCAGCAUGGCAGGUCCCCUCGGCCCCACAGUGAGAAGGAUGCAGCAGAACUGGUGACCCUAGCAGAGGCUGUGAAGGCUCAAGCCCCGCCAGCAGUGCAGCAAGACAGUUUGGAUGAAGACCUCAUCAGGAAGCUGGCUUACGUGGCUGCUGGGGAUCUAGCACCCAUGAAUGCCUUCAUUGGGGGCUUGGCUGCUCAGGAGGUUAUGAAGGCCUGCUCUGGAAAGUUUAUGCCUGUUAUGCAGUGGCUGUACUUCGAUGCCCUUGAGUGUCUCCCUGAGGGCCAGGAGGCUCUUUCAGAGGACAAAUGCCUUCCAUGCCAGAACCGUUACGAUGGGCAGGUGGCUGUAUUUGGCUCCGGCCUGCAAGAGAAACUGGGCAAGCAGAGAUACUUCUUGGUGGGUGCAGGGGCCAUUGGCUGUGAACUGCUCAAGAACUUUGCCAUGAUUGGGCUAGGUUGUGGGGAUGGUGGGUCAAUCACGGUAACAGACAUGGACAUCAUCGAGAAGUCAAAUCUGAACCGACAGUUUCUGUUCCGUCCUUGGGAUGUCACGAAGUUGAAGUCUGAUACAACUGCUGCAGCUGUGAGCCAAAUAAAUCCACACAUCCGGGUCAUAAGCCAUCAGAUCCGUGUGGGCCCUGAGACAGAGCAUGUGUAUGAUGACGACUUCUUUCAAAACCUGGAUGGUGUGGCCAAUGCCCUGGACAAUGUGGAUGCCCGCAUGUACAUGGACCGCCGUUGUGUUUACUACCGUAAGCCACUUCUGGAGUCAGGAACACUGGGAACCAAGGGUAAUGUACAAGUGGUUAUCCCCUUCCUGACAGAGUCAUACAGCUCCAGCCAGGACCCUCCUGAGAAGUCCAUCCCCAUCUGCACGCUGAAGAACUUCCCGAAUGCCAUCGAGCACACGUUGCAGUGGGCUCAGGAUGAGUUUGAAGGCCUUUUCAAGCAGCCAGCAGAAAAUGUCAACAAAUACCUUAUAGACGCCAAGUUUGUGGAACGAACACUGUGCCUGGCAGGCACCCAGGCUCUGCAGCUUACAGGUUCAGGAGCCCCUUUCUGGUCUGGGCCUAAAUGUUGCCCACACCCGCUUAUCUUUGAUGUCAACAAUCCCCUGCAUCUGGACUACGUGAUAGCUGCUGCCAACCUGUUUGCCCAGACCUAUGGGAUGAUGGGCUCUCAGGACCGGAGUGCUGUCACCAAACUCAUUCAGUCUCUGCAGGUCUCUGAGUUCACCCUGAAGUCUGGCAUCAGGAUCCAAGUUUCUGACCAGGAGCUGCAAACCAGUUCCUCCGUUGAUGAUAACCGCCUACAGGAGCUCAAGGCCAUGCUGCCCACCCCAGAGAGCCUUUCUGGGUUCAAGAUGUACCCCAUCAACUUUGAGAAGGAUGAUGGCACCAACUUCCACAUGGAUUUCAUUGUGGCUGCAUCCAAUCUCCGGGCAGAGAACUAUAACAUUCCCCUCGCAGACCGACAUAAGAGCAAGCUGAUUGCAGGGAAGAUCAUCCCAGCCAUUGCUACAACCACAGCAGCUGUAGUUGGCCUUGUUUCUCUGGAGCUGUACAAAGUGGUACAGGGACACCAACAGCUUGAGUCCUAUAAAAAUAGCUUCAUCAACUUGGCCCUGCCCUUUUUCUGCUUCUCUGGGCCCCUUGCCCCACGCUGUCACCAGUUUUAUAACCAAGAGUGGACACUUUGGGAUCGCUUUGAGGCCCAGGGGCUGCAGCCUAAUGGUAAAGAGAUGACCCUCAAGCAGUUCCUUGACCACUUUAAGUCAGAGCACAAAUUGGAGAUCACCAUGCUGUCCCAAGGUGUAUCCAUGCUCUACUCCUUUUUCAUGCCACCCAGCAAGCUGAAGGAACGGAUGAAUCAAUCGAUGACAGAAAUUGUGAGUCGAGUAUCAAAGCGAAAGCUGGGACACCACGUGCAAGCAUUGUUGCUUGAGCUGCGCUGCAAUGAUGAGGAUGGCAAAGAUGUGGAGGUUCCUUAUGUACAAUACACCAUUCACUAA